UUUUCACGUAGAAUGCAGGAAAUUCAUUUAAAUACGAUACGUAUUUUUACGUUUUAUAUACAUCAAGUAUUAGCGGAUAUUAUCGAGUUUCUUGCUUUUCCUUAUCUUUAAGGAAAAAUUUGUAUCUUUGAUAUAUGACAUAUGUUAUCACACACGAAAAGAACGAUUACAUAUCGCAUAACUUCAAGCAGAAUGGGGAUCAAAUGAGUAGAAUCGAGAACGUAAUGCAGUAUCGUAAGCGUCAUUAUUGUACUCUUGGACCCUGACUCACAACCUACUCACUAUAAAUGAAGUAGGUAAAUUUAUAUGCGUGGGGUUCCUCUGCUGACUGUUUACAGCUAUUUCGAUGCGGAAGGGGUAAAAUGGACAUUCCGUCGGCGUGAUAUCUGACCAAACUAGAUGAAAUGCCUAAUCCGUUCUCACUGUGGACGUAGUAUAGAUUGCAGCCAAUUUCUGAAUACGCAUUAAACUAUAGCAAAUAAGGAGAAAGAGAGGAGGAAAAAAAAUAAAUGGGAGGAAAAGGAGAAUGUUAUGCAAUGAUUAGCAAACUUCACGAUGGAAGGCGUACAAGAUCCGUAUUUGAGACAUCUUUUUGAUGGCGAUCCGAUAUUUAAUGUUUAUAAUAAAGAAGUGAUUAAUAUGUCAGUCGGCGCUCCUGGUCCUGAUCUGCUUAAGCAAUGCACAGAUAUGCUAUCAAAUGCAACCGUUCAUAGAAUGGAGGAAGAAAAGAAGGAAGGCAACUUCUAUCUUUUUCAAUAUGGAAUUACGCCAGGAUUAUGGGAAUGUCGUGAAGAAUUAGCAAAAUUUUUAAGCAGACGAUAUGGCGAUCAAGUUAAAAGAGAACAUUUGAUUUUAACAUGCGGAGCAACACAUGGGCUUCAACUUUUAUUAACAAGUAUUAUGUCGCCAAAUGGUAUUAUAUUUGUCGAAGAAGUCACAUAUAUGAUAGCAUUAGACGCCUUCAAACAAUUCCCAUUAAUGAAAAUUGUCACUGUACCAAUGAAAAACGACAUAGUAGAUCUGGAUGCGUUUGAAAAAAUUAUUUGCGAAGUAAAGAAAGGCGAAUUUUAUUUAAAUAAUGAAAAAAUAUUUUGGGCUAUGUUUUACACCAUACCAACGUAUCAUAAUCCAACGGGAAUGGUUCUACCACCUGAUAGUUGCAAACGUUUAGUUGAAAUAGCUCGAAAUAAUUCUAUACUGAUUGUUUCCGAGGAUGUUUAUAAUUUACUACAUUACGAAGACGGAUUUCCACCACAUCGAUUAUUUUUCUACGAUGAUCCAAACGAGCCUAACUAUAAAGGUGGUAACGUUAUAUCCAAUGGAUCCUUUUCUAAAAUAUUAUCGCCAGCAAUUCGAUUUGGAUGGAUAGAAAGCAGUCCACGAAUAGUUAAUAUCUUUAAAACUUCAGGCAUAUUGUGUAGCGGUGGUGCUACCAAUCACUAUGUCUCCGGCUUAAUUACGAGUAUACUACAAGAAAAGAUUGAAGAUGAAUACCUGAAUAUGCUUAUUAAAAUAUAUAAGGAAAGAUUAAAUGCACUUUGUGAAACUUUAGAUCGUUAUCUCCCAAGUUGUUGUUCCUAUAACCGACCGAAAGGUGGUUACUUUGUUUGGAUUCAUCUUCCACCUGAUAUCGAUGGUAUGGAUUUCAUUAAGUGGUGUCAAAAGGAAUAUAAAGUCUCAGCGAUACCAGGUAUACGAUUUUCAUAUACUGGUGAAGCUAGAAACUUUUUAAGACUUAGCAUUGCUUUUCAUCUUAAAAAUACAUUAAUAGAAGCUUCAACGAUUUUGUGCAAAGGACUUUUAAAUUACAUACGAAAUCAUACCAGUAACAAACAAACUACAAAUGAAAUUGUAAAUUCGUAAUAUAAAUAUGUAAUAUAAAUGUUAAUUUAUAUUACCAAAAUAUAAUUUAUAAACCAAAUAAAAAUAUAUAAUAUAAAUUAAA